CACAGCUAAUUGUUAAAAAAACGAUGUUCUACAGUGACGCUUUGUCGCUAAUUAUUCGUUUUGUUUGAUCGGUAAACUGUUAAAAGUGGUAAUUUAAAGUUUUGUGUUGAUAAACUGUGUUCGGGAGAGAAAAUAACAUCUGCUAUAUAAAUCAUGAGUCAGAAGACUUCACGUAAAGCGCCGGCGCCGGCUAGCGAGGAUAAAGAAAAGACAGACAGCCCCGUGAAAGAUAUGAAAAAGAAAAUGGCCGCCAACGCGGAAAAAGAGAAGGAGAAGGCUGUAGCUGAAAAAUCUGACAAUCAGACAGAGAAGCAAGACAAGAACGCAAAACAGCCAGAGAAGACAGCAGAGAAAGCGCCGGAGAAGAAGGAAGAGAAGAAAGUGGAGAAGAAUGAUAAAGUGGAGAAGGAUAAGAAGAAUGAGAAACCUGCCGAGAAAAAGCCUGAAGCUGAUAAGCCGAAAGAGGAUAAAAUGGAUAAGAACAAGAAACAGAACGGUCACAACGGUACGGAAAAUGGCGCAGCCGCGUUGAACGGGAACGGUACGGACGCGGAAGUUAACGGACGGGUGAGUGCGGAGUCUGAAGACGAGCUAGACGCCCACGAGGACGACGAGCUAUUCCCGGAGUUGACUUAUGACGACUCAGAGGAUAGUUUCGAGCCGCCGACGCCAGAUGGCGUGCCGAGCCGAAGUUUCACGAGGAGGUCGCAGGCUAAGCUGACACGCACUCCAGAGACGCCGCGCCCCGCGUCUGCCAAGCACGACGCUGCCGAAGACUCGAAAGAAGCCAAAGUGCUGAAGAUGAAAGAUGACACCUUGGCGACGGACCGGAAGCUACGUUCAGCCGAUUCUCCUAAACCGGAGUCCAAAAAAGACACGAAAGAUGACGUUAAAGACAAAAAACAGGAAGCCAAAGACAAGAAAGACGACGGGGAGAAGGGAAAGGAGAGUGAGGUGGAGAAAGACAAAUUGGUCGUUGAUGUUGUGGUCGAUGUGGAAAUUGAAGAGGGCGGCCGGAAGCCGGACACGAACUUCUCCAAGUCCCGCGUGAAGGUGUCUCCGUACCGGCGCAGCGUGCGGCUGGCCGACCAGACCAACAGCUCUGUCAUGGCCAACUACACAGGUAACAACACGACAAUGGAAAUGGACAUAACGGAGACCUCGUCGUUCAUCACCGAGGAUCCUUCACUGGAUGACAGUUACUUAUCAGGACUCCGCAGCAUCCGCGGCCGGCGGUCGUACAAGCCGCUCAAGGAGAUGAAUCUGCGCAACAUCGCCGGCAACAGGAGCACUCGCUCCAACACUUCUAUCACAGUACCCGGCGAGCAGCCGUCGCGGCCCACGGGCACUGUGGUGGGCCGGAAGCGGAAGCCGGAGGCCGGCGACGACGUAGAAGUGGCUACGGAGGCGGGCGAGAGCGGCGGCAAGCGCGCGCGCCUGCUGGGGCUGCUCCGCAGGAGCGUGCCGCGCGCGCACGUGGCCAGGAGGGCCGCCGAGAUCGUGGGCAUCAACACAGACCUGCCGCUCUCCGCGCCGGUCUCCACUGACACCGUGGACCCUGAGACCCUGAAGCCGGCUACAGUGACGCCAUCUGGCGAUAGGGACGCUAAACGAUGCGUUGUCAUGUAAGAGAUUUGUUGUUGUAUAAGAACGAUAUUGAAAUUGUUAAUUGAAGUGAAUACGUUAUGAUAUAACUAUUACGUAAUGAUAUAAAUAUAUAUGUAUGUGUAUUUGCCUACUUAAAAUUUCUUAAUAACUUACAUUUUUUUUUGAAGAGGGUUAAAUUUACCGAAUCGGCAUUUUGACACGAUGAGUCUUAAGAAAGUUGGUGAUAAGGUUUUUUUGGGCUACAGUGACGCCAUCUAGCGAUAGGGACGCCAAGCGAUGCGUUGUCAUGUAAGAGAUUUGUUGUUGUAUAAGAACGAUAUAGAAAUUGUUAAUUGAAGUGAAUACGUUAUGAUAUAACUAUUACGUAAUGAUAUAAAUAUAUAUGUAUGUGUAUUUGCCUACUUAAAAUUUCUUAAAAACUUACAGUUUUUUUGAAGAGGGUUAAAUUUACCGAAUCGUCAUUUUGA